CUGGCACGAGCGACGUGGUCUCGAGAACCGUGAUUGGCUCACAAUUUGUCGGCUGACGGUGCAGAGCACGCUGUUUGUCCAUACGUCCUUCGACGACCUGAAAAGCGACCACUUGUUGCUCCUACGGUGUUUGUUACAGCAGUCUCACGUUGUACAUUCAGUUAGAUUUUAUUACAUUCGUCAUCAUUGAUCACGUCUGCGAGCCGUCUACAAAUAUGAGUACUCAGGUGGCAGAUAUUGCCCUCAUUGGCUUAGCAGUUAUGGGACAAAAUCUAAUUCUGAAUAUGAACGAUCAUGGCUUUGUUGUAUGUGCGUAUAACCGUACAGUAGACAAAGUCAAGUCUUUCCUUGAGAAUGAAGCCAAGGGCACAAAAGUUAUCGGUGCUUACAGUUUGAAGGAGAUGAUUAAUACAUUGAAAAGCCCAAGAAGAGUGAUGUUGUUGGUUAAAGCUGGUUCAGCUGUAGAUGCCUUUAUUGAACAAUUAGUACCUCUUCUCUCUUCUGGCGAUAUUAUCAUUGACGGUGGCAAUUCUGAAUAUCAAGAUACUGAAAGACGUACCAAAGAUCUAGAACAAAAGGGAAUUCUGUUCGUUGGCAGCGGAGUCAGUGGAGGAGAGGAUGGCGCCAGAUAUGGACCGUCCUUGAUGCCCGGAGGCAAUCCCAAAGCUUGGCCGCAUAUCAAACCUAUCUUCCAAGCAAUAUGCGCGAAGGCUAAUGGAGAGCCGUGCUGUGAUUGGGUAGGCGAGACUGGUGCGGGACACUUCGUCAAGAUGGUGCACAACGGUAUCGAAUAUGGCGACAUGCAGAUCAUCUGCGAGGCGUAUCACCUGAUGCGAAGCGGCCUGCAGCUCACGCAGGAGGAGAUGAGCACAGUGUUCGACGAAUGGAACAAAAGCGAGCUGGAUUCAUUUCUAAUCGAGAUCACGCGGGACAUCCUCAAGUACAAGGAUGAAAAGGACUAUUUGCUCGAGCGCAUCAGAGAUACUGCCGGCCAAAAGGGCACUGGCAAAUGGACGGCAAUCGCUGCAUUAGACUAUGGUGUGCCGGUCACGCUGAUCGGUGAAUCGGUCUUCUCCAGGUGCCUGUCUGCGCUGAAGAAUGAACGCGUAGAAGCGAGCGCAAUAUUGUCCGGGCCGGAUCCAAUAUACAAAGGCGACAAAAAACAAUUCCUCGAGCACUUAAGAAAGGCUCUAUAUGCCGCGAAAAUUAUCUCGUAUGCGCAAGGCUUCAUGCUGUUAAGAGAAGCCGCCAAAGUUCAUAAUUGGAACUUGAAUUACGGUGGAAUAGCAUUGAUGUGGCGCGGUGGAUGUAUUAUAAGAAGUGUAUUUCUAGGAAACAUAAAAUCGGCUUACGACAAAAAUCCGAAAUUAUCCAACUUAUUGCUGGACGACUUCUUCGCCAAGGCUAUGGGUAAGUGCCACCAGAGUGCCAGAACAGUGGUGAGCACUGCUGUGACGAUAGGUAUACCGACUCCUGCUCUAUCGACGGCUUUGGCCUUCUACGAUGGAUUCCGAACCGGCCGAUUACCGGCGAAUCUGCUGCAGGCACAACGAGAUUACUUCGGCGCUCACACAUAUGAGCUGCUCGAUCAGGAAGGGAAGUUCGUUCAUACGAACUGGACCGGACAUGGCGGGAAAGUAUCUGCUUCUACGUACGAUGCAUAAAUUCUCGCGUAGUCAAUAACUGUGACUGAUAAUGUACAAACAAAUAUCUAAAAAAAUGCGACAAUACAGUGUGGUAAAUACACAUAAUUAUGAACAAUUA